CCACUUGAUUCCUUCAAUUUUUCACACAAUUGCAUAAGUUAAAGAAGUAACCCUUGCAAUUCAUCAUCUCUGUUGAUGGUAACCCCUGCUUCUUUGAACGACGGAAUUAAGAUGAAUUCUUCUCCAAUUUCACAACAAAUAUCUCAAGAUAAAAUUGAUGAGAACAACUGCUCAAUUUUGCAAGCAGUGAAUGACGACAAUGAUACCUUCUUAACUGUACAAGUGAAUGAUCUUGAGGGAUUAGAAGAGAUUUCUAUUAGUACUGCUAUGGAAAUUGAAGGACCCAAAAUGUUGGGUGAAGAUGACAUUAUUGGUGGGAUGUUGUACUUUGUGAAGCUAUACUUUAUGAAGCUGUACAUUGUGAAAUUUAUAAAAGUUUGCAAUGCACUUAUAUAAGUUCUCUUAAUUAUUUGUAAUGUCUUAUAGAAGUUUUUCAUUUUAGAUUUUCUACAAAGAUUUGUGCAAAAUUUGUUGAUUGCAGUGGAAAUUUAUUUUGUACAUAAAAGGGCAAUUGCCCA